UCGUAGUGGGUGGGUGGAGUUCGAGCUUGUCGGUAUAAAACGGCUCAGCGCUGGUCCACUUCGACAAGUUAACCAAAAAAUCAAACAAACCAAGUAUCACUGAGUAUGGCGAGCGAGCAUAUCCCCCAGAGACGGCACUCUGAGGCGCUCCUGAAGCUGCAGGAGCGAGAGGAGAGCGUGGGAGGAGGAAAGUUCCACACGCAGUACGAGCCCAAGGAGAUCCUUGGAAAAGGUCUCUCGAGCACGGUGAGAAGGUGUGUGUGUAAGGAGAGCGGGAGAGAGUACGCGGUCAAAGAUAGUGGACCGGAAACAGGAGGAGUCAAUCACAGAGAGCAUUGCCGUGGAGAUUCAGAUCCUACGCUCCCUCCCGCACCACAAGCACAUUAGUAAGUCCAGAUCAUUUGCUCCCGUCCGCACCACAAGCACAUUAUUAACCUGGUGGACGUGUUCGAGUCUGAUGCCUUUGUCUUUAUGGUGUUUGAACUGGCAACUGGUGGCGAGCUUUUCGAUUACCUCACAAAAAUGGUCAAAUUAUCAGAGAAAAGAACGAGACAAGUAAUGUUCCAGUUAUUUACGGCAGUAGAGCACAUGCAUGCACACAACAUCAUCCACAGAGACUUAAAACCCGAGAACAUACUCCUAGAUGAUCAUCUCAACGUGAAAGUGUCCGACUUUGGAUUUGCCACCAUCUGCGAACCUGGCAACACUCUCUCUGAACUACUAGGAACACCAGGCUACUUGGCUCCUGAGAUGCUGCGGAGGAACGUUGAACCCGGGUCACCUGGCUACUCCCAUCCUGUUGACAUGUGGGCUUGUGGAGUCAUCAUGUACACCCUAUUGGCAGGGUUCCCCCCAUUCUGGCACCGGAAACAGCUUAUGAUGCUGAGAAACAUCAUGGACGGGAAGUACGAGUUUGUCAGUCCGGAGUGGGACAUCAUCUCCGACUCUGCCAAGGACCUGAUCAGUAAGCUCCUGGUGACUGACCCAGGGAAGAGACUGACGGCCACAGAGGCACUCAACCAUCCCUUCCUACAGUUCCAGCAAGUGGAGUUCAGAGUCUUCUCGGGUCUCAGAAAGUUCAAGGGUGCGGUCUACUGCGUGUGGAGCUGCCACGCCUUUGAGAAGAUGCACUCACGGAGCACACCCAAGACUUUCACCCUGGCCAGUAUUGGGGACGUCCCCUAUGAAAAUAGGUUCGUUCGCCAGCUGGUGGACUCGUGUGCCUUCCACAUCUACGGUCACUGGGUGAAGAGAGGCGAGGAGCAGAACAGAGCAUUGCUGUUCGAGACGGCUCCAAAGAAACUAUCUCAGAUCCCCACACAGGCACUGUUGUCCACUUUCCCCCGGCCCAAAAGCCUCUGGUCUCAUUAGUAAUCACUGCCCCUGUUCGUCUAUAGCUUCUUAUUAUUUUUGUGUUUCUAUUAUUAUCUUCGAUCACUUACUUUAUAAUGUAAGUCUAUAAUUAUACUUGUGAUCACAACAGUAUCGAGUGAGAUGAAAAAAUAAUUUGACAUCAUGGUGAACUGGUAUCAGUAAUCUGUGUUAAAGGUGACUAUAUUUUUGGUGAGUUGCUGACGUGUCCACUGCUCCACAAUGCCUUGUAGGAAGUCGGGUCUCACUACUUUUCCCCCUGUGCUCGUUGUACACGUGAGACGAGGUCGCCUUGUCAGGGGCAUCCCCAUCGAUCCUUAGAUAAACUCCCUCCACUGGACCAUCAUAGAAUGCACUCUGCGUAUCCAGCAGCCACUUCAACAGAUCUUUCCGUCCGUCGAUGGUUGUCUCAGAGAUCCUCCUGACCACCGUAUCCCGGUCCCCUCCAGUCGCCGGUUCCUCUCUCGCCAGCUGAAAAACUUCCCCGCACUCCUGUCAAAGAUGUCAAAGGCCAUAAAGUGGCCCGGGAGUCUGGUGUAGUGUAUGGAGUGCUUGGCAUAGAGCCACUCUCCAAACAGGACGAGGUUCUUGGACUCCAGCAGCUCAUACAGUGUUCCGGAGUUUUCCUCCAGCCAAGACUCCAGUGUACUGAACUGGGCGUGAGUCUUGGAAUUGACAAAGUGGGAGCGGUUCUGCACCCUGAGCUGCAAGUCUUCGCCCACUGAUAUCCCCAGAUUUG